AUCCCAGCCCGGUGUCCCGGGCACAGAUCCCAGCCCGGUGUCCGUCCUUUCCCAGCUGGAAAAGGCUUCUGGGCCGAGGUGCUGGGGGUCGGAGAUUUCUACUACGAGCUGGGGGUGCAGAUCAUCGAGGUGUGCCUGGCGCUGCGGCACCGCAACGGAGGUGGGCAGGCGGGGGAGCAGCUGGGCGGGCAGCUCCCGGUGUCCCGGCGUCCCGGUGUCCGCAGGGACGACCUGCUGCGCGCCAUCAAGAAGCUGAAGGUGCUGGGCAGCGGCUUCGGGGUCAUCCCCGUGGGGGGAACGUGCCUGGUGCAGUCGGUGCCCGCCGAGCUGAACAUGGACCACACGGUGGUGCUGCAGCUGGCCGAGAAAAAAGGAUUUGUGACAGUCAGCGAGAUCCGGGAGAGCCUCAAGUGGGAGACGGAGAGAGCGAAGCAGGUGCUGGAUCACCUGCUGAAGGAGGGCAUGGCCUGGCUGGACGCGCAGGCUCCGGCCGAGCCGCAGUUCUGGCUGCCCGCGCUCUUCUCCGAGCUGCACGGCCAGGACGGCGCGGCCGGGCCCUGAGUGCCCCGGGAGCCCCCGGAAUCCCGCCUGGAAUCCCCGGAAUCCCGCCUGGAAUCCCUCCCUGGAUCCUCGGGAAUCCCCUCCUGGAGUCCUCAGGAUCCCACCCCUGGAAUCCUCGGGAAUCCCCCCUGGAAUCCUGGCUGGAAGCCCUCCCUGGAUCCUCAGGAAUCCCUCCCAGAAUCCCCAGGAAUUCCUCUUGGAAUCCUUCCUGGAGUCUUCAGAAUCCUGGCUGGAAUCCCUCCCAGGAUCCCUGGGAAUCACCCCUGGAAUCCUCGGGAUUCCCCCCUGGAGUCCUGGCUGGAAUCCCCCCAUGGAGUCCUCAGGAUCCCACCCCUGGAAUCCUCGGGAUUCCCCCCUGAAAUCCUCAGAAUCCCGCCUGGAGUCCCUCCCUGGAUCCUCGGGAAUCCCCCCUGGAAUCCUGGCUGGAAUCCCUCCAGGGAUCCUUGGGAAUCACCUCUGGAAUCCUCGGGAAUCUCUCCCAGAAUCCCCGGGAAUCCCUCUGGGAAUCCUCAGGAU